GAUCUUCGUCUCGACCGACGAACACCACGCGAUAUCGGACCUCCAUGGCGAGCGCGUCGAGGACAAGGCGCCCGCGCCGCGCAGGUCGUCGAUGGGGAGAACUGGUGGGACAGGGGACAGGCAGAGGCCUGCCCUUGACAAUCAGGCAAAGCGGCGUGUGCGUGGAUAUGGCAUGGCGCAAAUGGAGGCCUCCAUUACCGUGUCUGUUUGCUCCAGCAGGCACAGACGCUACGCUCAAAGCGCCUGCUCCUGCGACUUCAGUCGUCAGCAAAUUGAACAACUCUCCCGUCUGGUUAGCCUCCGAGUUGGUGGUCACCGAUUGGCCGGAUACGGAGCGUGGCGGGUUGCAAAGUGGGACUGGGACCCGUGAGGGAACUGCUCGCUUGCACAGCAGCCGUUUCCCUCCCCCCCUCCACCACACAUACCCCCGCCUUCAAAUUCGUUAUGGCCGUCCUGUACCUCGUCUCCCGCAAGGGCGCGUAUAUCGUCGGCAGACACGGUUGUUACCUGGCAACAGCGCGCCUUUGAGUUGGAGUGGGGCUCUGCGCGGGCAGGUCGAUGCUCUUCCUGUUGUGCGCGACUGUGGCGACCACAGCUUGUGGGAACGCUUCUUCGGCAUGUGGGUGAGUUUUGUCGAGGCAGUUGUGGGUCGGCAAGACGGGGGGCAUAUUUGGCGCGUUUGCGCGGAGAGGGAGCCACGGUCUCCAUAG